CAGCCUUUCUCUUAUAUGUAUUGUUCAAAUUGUAUACAAUUGUUAAAAAACUUGCAAGUGUUAUCUGAAGAACACUUGUUUGCUGAUUUCAAUUCUCCUAUAAAAGUACGUCGGCGCAAUUGUUUGACUAGCAGUUGUUUCCGUUUUCAAACUCGAAAUCAUCAAGUUAUCAAAACAUGUGGUUCAGGCAUUCCUUCGUGUUCCUUUUUGGAGUUGUGCUAUUAAUCACUAUAGCUAUGACUCAAGCCCAGCCCCCAAUUGGGGGACCCCCAACUAGGAGACCAACGCCUCCAACUAGGAGACCAACGCCCCCAACUAGGAGACCAACGCCUCCAACUAGGAGGCCAACACCCCCAACCAGGAGACCUACGCCUCCAACUAGGAGACCAACGCGCCCAACUAGAAGACCCACGCCACCAACUAGAAGACCCACGCCACCAACUAGAAGACCCACGCCACCAACUAUAGCACCAUAGUAGUACACAUGCAAAUUUUUAAUUUUUUAAGAGCCAAUUUGCGCCACAAAUAUGUUUAAUUAAUUCCUAUAAAAAAUAGUUUUGCUUGUAAUAAA